AUGAGCGCGGUCGAGCUGAACCUUGCCGAGACGUUCCAUGGCGUCGACGCGCAGCACCUGAACUACCAGCGCAAAACGACGCAGGGCCUCGCGCCACUCCUCUACAUCUCGUGGAUGCUCUCUGGCGCCUCCUUGGGCAUCUUUACAAUCGUGCAGAACAUCAGCAUCCCCAUCAUCGUCCAGCCGCACUGCUACGGCGCCCUCUGUGCCGUCAUAUUCUGCCAGAUGCUCUACUACGACAAGGGCUACCGCUGGUACAGCGCCGUCGGCGCCUUCCUCCUCUACGCCAUCGCGUGCAGCGGCUUCGAGGUCGGCAUGGUCUACGCGUCGAGGUUCGUCGAGCACCACCACCACAGCGACGGCUUGACGAUGCUUUGGGGCAUCUUGAGCGACAUCUUCCUGUUCGUCGGCUUCGUGCCGCAGUUCAUCGAGAUCUACAAGGCGCGCGAGGUCUAUGCGCUCUCGUACCUCUUUCUCGCAAUGGACUCGCUCGGCGCCGUCUUCUCGAUCAUGAGCCUCGCGUUCAAGGACUCGUUCGACGGCAUCGCGUUCGCCGGCUACGCCGUCGUCCUCCUCGCCGAGAUCGUCAUCUUCCUCCUCGCUCUCGUCCUCAACCCUCGAGCGCGCCGCACGCGCGCACAGCUCGGGAGCGAGCCGGGCUCGUGCGACUCGUCGUGCGCGAAGGCGGGCCCACCACUUGGGAAGGUCGACGUCGAGGCGCAGCGAGCGGGUGCGGGUGCGGCUGAGGGCGUCGGGUUGCCGGUCAAGGUCGAGCCGGCACGCGCAGCAUAGACGAGGCGAGGCGCUGUAGACUCUCUCGUGUACAUAGACUCGUCGUCGACGCUCU